AUGGGAAACAGAGGCUUCGGCCACAGAUCGAAAGUGAGAUCUGUUGACCUUUUCACGAGGAAGCGCGAGGCAGUACGGCAUACCAGAAAGGCCAGGGGACAAAACAUUGAUUACUCAUGGGCGAUCUCGGAUCCUUCGCAUUUCUCCCUUUCAGCCCCAACUCCCAAGUCCAUUACUUACUAUCGUAGAGCCACACCUCAUGUUCCGACUUUGCGCGCAAACAACGGAUAUGAAGACAUUGGAGAUCGAAGGUUGAGCAGCCUAGUGGGCGUAACAGGGGCAAACGAAUCUACGACGACCGCCGCCACCGCUGCCUCAAUAUCAUACUGUUCGAGGCAUAGCACUCGAGUCGAAACAGAGUCCAAAAACUUCCGAAACGCUCGAAGCCGAGACCACGGACGGCGAGUCGACAUCUCAUAA